UUGAGAAUUGAAAUAUGAUUAUGUAUGAAAUUUUGAAAUUUUGUGGAUUCUUUUUCUUCUAACAAAUAUAGAUAUGGAUGCAAUAGUUGAAAACUUACCAUAUCUUAAUCUGUGCAGUCUGAAUUUAGCAUUUCUGUGGAACAUAUAACAGAAGAUUUUCUUUUCCCAGUGCAGGUGGUAUAAAUAAGUGUUUUACAUUGUUAUGUUAUUACCAUUUCUUUGGAGAAUUGGAGAAUUUAUCGGUGGCAUACUGUGAAUAUGAGAGUGAUGGACGUUGAUGGAGGGAACAGCUCAUCAAUUGCACCUAGAGGUCAAUCAGGUCGCAUGCAUUCUUCUUGGUGGGAAGAAGCUUUCUAUCAAUUUACACAGCAGAACCUACCUGCUUGUAAGCCUGUCCUGACACCAAGAUGGGUAAUCACUUCCUUUCUACUUCUGGGUAUGAUUUUCAUUCCCAUUGGACUAGUCAGUCUUCGUGCAUCUCAUAAUGUUAUUGAAAUUGUGGACCGAUAUGAUGCUGAAUGCGUACCUGAUGAAUUCAGUGGCAAUAAGGUGUCAUAUAUCAGCGAUUCCUCUAUUCCAAAAAACUGUACUCGAUUCUUGAAGGUGCACAAGCAUAUGAAAGCUCCAAUUUAUGUCUACUAUCAUCUUGAUAAUUACUAUCAAAACCACCGGCGGUAUGUUAAAAGUAGAAGCGAUCAACAACUCUUAAAGGGACUUGAUUAUGUUGCCACAAGUUCCUGUCAACCUGCAGAGUUCAAUAAUGGUCUGCCCAUUGUCCCCUGCGGAUUGAUAGCAUGGAGUUUGUUUAAUGAUACUUUUACAUUUAUCCAUGAAAGCAAAGAAUUGAAGGUCAGCCGGAAGAACAUUUCAUGGAAGAGUGAUCGCGAUUAUAAAUUUGGAAAGAAUGUAUAUCCUUUCAAUUUCCAGAAUGGAACUUUUGUUGGUGGUGGGAAGCUAGAUCCAAGGAUUCCUGUGAGUAUUCUCUCAGUUCAGUCACUUCUGCAUUCUUUCAUUUUGAAUAUGGUUUAUAUUUUAUGAUGCUAUUUUCACACAACCUGACUUGUAUAUGUCACAUUAUCUUCGUUUGUUAUAUAUAAUUUUUUGAGAUAACAUCAUUUGUUAUAUGUAUAAUGUUUAAUCUUACUAGCCAAGAACUGAAAGCUAUGCAGAUCUUCUUUAAUCAUUAAAAAGAAAAUAGAAGCCUGUUUUUUCAGUGACAAUUUUUCCAUCAUUAUUCUACACAAGUUUGUAAUACCAUAGAAAACUUCUAAAAGGUUGUUGUGAUUAUAUCCAAUGUUUUUUGACGUCUGCUGUUUUCUACCGAUAGAGAAAGUAUCUUCUCUACAA